AUGGCGUAUCAGUUCAUUAGGGUCGAAGUGGGGAAUGGUAACUGUGCUUUCUUCUGGCACGAUGACUGGCUAUGUAUGGGGAAGCUUAUAAAUAUUACAGGAGCAACCAGUACGUGUUAUCUUGGGGUUCCGCGUAAUGCUAAAGUUAGUGAUGCUGUCUCUGAGGGCCAGUGGAAGAUAAGGGGCCAACGAAGUCGUCAUUAUCAUGAGCUGCAUCAUAGAGGCCAGAUCGACCCAGUUCCUAAUGUUUCACAGGGACCUGAUACGUUCCUUUGGAGAUAUGAUGAAGGGGUUUAUCAAGACAGUUUCAAUGCAGCGAAAACAUGGGAGCAGAUAUGGAGCAAGCGAGCUGAAGUAGUUUGGAGUAGAAGUGUUUGGUUCACACAAGGGAUCCCUAGGCAUGCAUUCCUAGUCUGGCUUGCGAUUCAGAAUAGGCUAUCUACAAGGGACAGAAUGAGAAAGUGGGGAAUCCUUCAGGGCUGUGUGUUAUGUGGUGAAAGAGAUGAGACACGAGAUCAUCUGUUUUUCGCAUGUCCAUACUCUUAUACAGUAUGGGAUUGUCUCGCUAGCAGAUUGGUUGGAAGGAGGAUAAACCCGGACUGGCAUGAUAUGCUAAGGUAUAUUCAAGCAGGCACGUCCAAUGAGAUGGAUAUGAUUCUCAUUCGUCUAGUGUUCCAGGCUGUCGUGUACCAUAUUUGGCGAGAACGGAAUACACGAAGGCACCAACAAGGUCAACAGGGAACUGAGCAAAUGAUCAAAACAAUUAACAGAGGUAUCAAGAAUCGGAUUAGCUCUCUUGGUUACAAGGCGGGUCACAAGUUCAAUGGACUUCUUAGGAGAUGGUUUGAAGUCUUUGAUUAG